AACCCUAAAACCCUCUGAGCGAGAGAGGCGGAGAGUAUCACCUGUAUUUGCGUCUCCGUCAAAGGAUCGAAAAUGCGACCACCGAGAGGCGGCGGAGGAGGAUUUAGGGGCGGAAGAGGAGGAAGAGAUGGCGGCGGAAGAGGCGGGCGCUUCGGCGGUGGAAGAGGUGGACGCUUCGGUGGCGGCGCUCGUUUCGAUGAAGGGCCACCUAGCGAAGUCAUCGAGGUUUCAACAUUUCUCCACGCAUGCGAGGGUGAUGCUGUGACCAAGCUCACGAAUGAGAAAAUCCCAUAUUUCAAUGCCCCGAUCUACCUGCAGAACAAGACUCAGAUAGGGAAAGUAGAUGAGAUUUUCGGUCCAAUCAAUGAAUCUUUAUUUUCUGUCAAAGUGAUGGAAGGUAUAGUAGCUACGUCCUAUUCCCCCGGGGAUAAGUUCUACAUCGACCCAGCUAAGCUCUUGCCUCUGGCAAGGUUCCUUCCGCAACCUAAGGGGGCUCAAAUGGCUGGAAGAGGCGGUGGUCGUGGAGGAGGAAGAGGCGGUGGAAGAGGUGGUGGUCGUGGUGGAGGGUCAUUCAGAGGGAGAGGUGGUCCAAGGGGUGGCAGAGGUGGUCCCCCACGCGGCGGUGGUCGUGGUGGUGGCUUCAGAGGCCGAGGGAGGGGAUAAAAUUAGUGUUAUCUGACCUCACUUGUAGCGUUUUUUAUCUCCUUGGAUCAUGACUAUGUUUCAGAACCAUGAUGUUGACCAUAUCAAGCUUUAAUUCAUCAAUGGAGUAAAAGUGCAUCAA